GUGGCCGCGGCCAGCGCUGGCGAUGUGGCGUCGGCGAGCGGCGGCUCCACGGUGAGCUUCUCGCUCUACGCGGUGGCCUUCGACGUGCUCAACCGGACCCUCGCGACCGGCGAGGGGGACUUCGCCCUGGACGUGCUGGGCGGCAUGUCGCUGGUGCCCGUGGCGGGGCUGCGCGAGUUCACGGCGCUGGACGAGAGGCUGCAGCUCCAGGUGGCGGUGGACCUGUGCGGCGGGGACAGCGCGGUCGCCGUGGAGGUGGCCUGGUCCUGGCGCCCGGAGGGGUCUUCGGUGUGGAGCGCCCUUUCUCCGACGGCGGGCCUGCCGACCACGAAGCUGCGGCUGCUGGCCACGACUCUGGGCAGCCCUGGCGCCUACGAGGUGCGCGCCGAUGCGGUGAUGGAGGGCGCCGUCGUGGACGGGGCAUCGGCGUAUUUCGAGGUAGUGCUGUCGUCGAUCCCGCCGCCGGAGGUGGCGCGUCGCGCCUUGCCUGGCCUUUCUGACCUCGGGCGAGGUUUUUUUGUUGUGUAUAUAUAUAUAUAUAUAUAUAUAUUACAUACGUCCAUACACAGACAUGCUUGCGUUUUGGG